ACCACUGCACUGGUUGAUCUGCAAACCAAAUUGUCUUCCCCUGCAUAAUGGGGGGAUGACUCUUCCCUUUAUUAAGCAAAUUGGCUGUCUCAUGUAAAAGGUUAUUUAGGCAAAAUGUUGAGGUUUUAACCUCAGAUAAAGAUAUUUGCAAAUAUCUUAACUCCAUUUUUUUUCAAGAGAGACACAAGGGUUCAUCAUGUGAGAACAAUCAAGGUCACUAGGAAAGAGAGGCAACAUCUCAGCCACCUCUCUAAAUGAAAGACAGAGCUUUGCCACCAUGAUUGAUGUAUCCAGCAUGACAGAAUGAAACACCCCAAAUCAUCAUGACCCCUGAUACCAGAAGAGAAGCCAUCUAGGAUCCCAAAGCAAGAAAAUAUUCUACCUUUUUUUUUCUUCAGGUGCUCCCAAGUUUAUUCAGUACUGUAAAGUACAGAAGGGGAAAGUUCUCCUUAAUACUGAAUUUGGGUCAGAAAGGACACCAGCAGACUCUCAACUCUUACAGAUGAAUCAGCCCAUGGUUACAAGCAGGAUGUAUUAACCUGGAGUCCAACCACAGGAUCUGUGACUCUACAAAUGAUGAAAAUUUGCUGUAGAUCUGCCCCCUUUUGAUGGACACUAUUUCAGCAUGUUGUCUGUGCUCCUUACAGUCUGUUGACAUUUAACUACUAACAUUGAAGAGUAAGCAAAUGAAGGUUAUGCAAAUUUCCAAGGAAGUUACUUGGACUCCAAAUAGACAACACACAGGUUACCUGACUAGUGCUCAUCUCAAAGAACAGAAUCUUUCUGGAUAUUUUUUGGUGUGUUUUCAGGGUUUCCUUGUAAAACAUCCAUGCCCUUGGAAUUGUUUGUUUUGUGACCUUUAUGUCUGGACAAUGUGGCCUAGUUUGUUUUUCUUUCUUGCCUACAGUCAUUUCUUUAAGCCUGAUUCAAUGAGAAUUAAUAUGCACAAUAAGCACUCUGUUUCAUUAAAUCUCCAUCAGCAAUGAAGCUACUUGAAGAUAUUUCAGGGAAACUGGUUUGAUAAAUACUGAUUUGCCAAAACCCAAGCUUUUCAUGGUAGUAUAUCAGUUUUGAUGGACUGCCUGUUAAGGCAGGUUUUCUAGCUCCAGGACAGCAUUCCUGGUCCAACACACGGGAAGACAUAACUGAUUAACACACACCCUUGUAAUAAACCACUAUAACCUUAAGGCUCUACUGCAAGCACUGGUUUGAAAUAGGCAGAGAAAUAAUUCAAAUCUGGAUCUCCUACAUUUUAAGAGGACCUUCACCACCAAGAAGACCAGCUGGAGAGGAUCAACAGAUCAUCAUUGGGAUCCAUGGAGCUAAAACACCCAUGGGUAAUGUCAACUUUUCAUUUGCUACUCUGGGGACUGUGGGUACCUGGCACCCAAAAGGUGAGAUAUAGCACCGGUGAUUUCCAGCCACAGCGGACUGGCAGCUCAUCUGUUGUCACUAACAGUCUCCUUGGAGGAAAGUCUUUAUGGAAAAGUAUCUCUACAUGUUAUAUGCAGUCUGCACUACUCUUCCACCACAAAACCAGCCAAAUGUAUCCUAUAACUAAUUAGUACACACUUCGAUACAAUACCGAAGUCUUUUGUCCCUUGAGUAAGUGAAAAGCUGGGCAUGAAGAAUCAGAGGAGGAAAAAAAUUACAAGAGAGAUAUUCCCAUAUGUUGGAGAAAUUUUCCAUGGCAAAAGCAGCUAAAUAUCUCACAGAUAAGCGAUAAAUUGGAAUAAACAGCUGUCAGUGUUAAAUAAAUAUCCUGGAUAAUGUGCAGGACAGAAAUAACUACAGCAUCGUCAAACUCCUUUCUUCACUUUAUUUAGCUGUUGUUGCAUGUAGCUCCCAAUCUUUCCACUGCUCCCGUUAGUGAAGCAUUUAUUUUUGAGUCAGCUGCAUUUCUUAAGACUGUAACAACGAAAGGCAUUUCCUGAGAAACUGCAAGGAUGAGCAGCAAGAAAGAACAACUGCUAAGGAAAUACAAGACCCUUAUAGUGUUUUUUAUCUUGCAAGUUCAGAUCUUUGGUUUUGAUGUUGAUAAUCGACCUACAACAGAUGUCUGCUCAACACACACAAUUUUACCUGGACCAAAAGGGGAUGAAGGUGAAAAGGGAGACAGAGGAGAAGUAGGCAAACAAGGAAAGGUUGGACCAAAAGGACCUAAAGGAAACAAAGGACCAGUGGGUGAUGUUGGUGACCAGGGAAUGCUUGGUAAAAUUGGUCCAAUUGGUGGAAAGGGUGACAAAGGAACCAAAGGCUUACCAGGAGUUUCAGGAAAAAAAGGAAAAGCAGGCACGGUCUGUGACUGUGGAAGAUACCGCAGAUUUGUUGGACAACUGAACAUCAAUGUUGCUCGUCUUAACACAUCCAUCAAGUUUGUGAAGAAUGUUAUAGCAGGUAUCAGGGAGACAGAUGAGAAAUUCUAUUACAUUGUGAAAGAAGAGAAGAAUUUCAGAGAAGCCUUGAUCCACUGCAGGGACAGAGGAGGAUCACUGGCCAUGCCUAAAGAUGAGGCAACCAAUGCCUUGAUUGCUGACUACAUCUCCAGCAGUGGCCUGUUCCGAGCUUUCAUUGGGCUGAAUGACAUGGAAAGAGAAGGACAGUUCAUGUAUGUAGACAACAGCCCACUGCAGAACUACAGUAACUGGAAGAAAGGGGAGCCUCACGACCCAGCUGGUCAUGAGGACUGUGUGGAAAUGCUCAGCACAGGAGAGUGGAACGACUCCGAGUGCCAAGUCACCAUCUACUUUGUCUGUGAAUUCCUCAAGAAGAGGAAAUAAAAGUGCCAGAGAAUGUGCCUGGCACCUGCUGUACAUACAAUAACCCAUCCUCGUUCAUUUACUGUAGGAAAGCAAAUCAGGGAUAGGAAACCAGAGAUAGGGCUCAAUCCAGCCCUCACAUCACUGGGCUCAGCAAGAGUAACUACUGUUUAGUCAUCAGUGACCACAAAGUCAGCACAGGUCCACAGGGGGCAUCCAGCCAGCUGUGAAUUUUUAUUUCAUUUCUACAUGCAUUUUAGGGUGAGCAUUUCUAUGUGUAAUUUAGGGGUAAAUUUAGAGCACGCAGAGGUGAACAUAAUUUCACCAGUUCCAGAAAUAGUAAGAUCAUUGGUAUAUGAAGUACUGAUGUGACUUGCACAGUCCACAGAUGGAAAGAGCAUGACCUUCAUUAAUCUCUGAUACCUGCACAGGGAGUCCCAGUAAUUUCCCUAAUGACUUGAGAGCUGUGAGAAAAGAUUUUCAGGAUCUCUUGAAAAAAUCCUUCUUUUGUUAGAAUCAUAAUUUGAGGUGGAAAGGAUCUCGAGGUCAUUUUGUUAAAUCUUGCAUGCAAAGUAGGACCAACUUCAAACUUAGAAGUUUUUAUAUUCUCCUUAAUUUGACUGUGCAAUUAUAUUGCCUGAUAGGCAUUUAUCUGGUUUUCUGUAAAGCCUUUGACAUGGUCCCCUAUAAUAACAUUCUCUUUAAAUUGGAGAGAUGGAUUCAAUGGGUGGACUGUUAGGCGGAUAUGGAAUUGGUUAGAUGUUCAAACCCAGAGGGUGUUGGUCAAUGGCUCAGAGUCCCAAUGGACAUCAGUGACCAGAGAUAUCCCUCAGGGAUCUGUAUUGGGACCAGUGCUAUUUAAUAUCUUCAUUAAUGACGUAGACAAAGGUAUCAAGUGCACCCUCAGCACAUUUGCAGAUGGCACCAAACUGGGUGGUACAGUUGACACACCUGAGGGAUGGGAUGCCAUCCAGAGGGACCAGGCUCAAGAAGUGGCCCAUGGCAACCACAUGAGGUUUAACAAGACCAACUGCAAGGUGCUGCACUUGAGUUGGGGCAACCCCCGGUAUCAGUCCAGGUGAGGGAUGAACAGAUCAAGAGCAGCCCUGUUGAGAAGGACUCUUGCUGCCUGUUCGGAGCUUCCCUUCCCCCUCCCCAAGACAAGC